AUGAUAAAGAUAAUAAUCCUUCUCUUAACCUUCCAAUUCGCCUUUGCAAAUUACGUAGUUCGAAUUGGAAAAGGUAAAUAUUCCAUAGAUUUAUCUCUUCAUUGUAGUAUUAAACAAAAUUGGAAAAUCAAGUUGUUUUUCUCGAAUGCUUUUGAUUCUUUUCGAAUUCAACGUGAAUUUCACAAUAUUUCCAAUUCUAAUUGGUUCAACAAAUCGUAUGUUUUAGAGAAAAGAGUGAGUUAUUUAUUAUGUUAUUAGGCUACGAUGUUAUUAGGCGAUGUCCUUUUUAGCCAAGUCAAGUGGAUAUUCGACACACUUGUAAUGAUGAAAGCAAAGGACCUUGGAGAAAAGUUCGAAGAAAUUUGGAUGAAUCUCAUACUGAAAUACUAAAUUUGGGAUCUUGGUUACCAACCAAUGAUCCGCAAUCUAAAACUUCUUUAUCAAAUCUUGAAUUCUUUUUGAAAUGUGAUGCUAAACUUGAUUGGAUGGUUGAAAUAUAUUUCACAAAUUCUAAAGACAAGGCAAGUAUUCACAGUGAAACAUUUGAAGUCAAAAACUGCAGUCACAUUUAUUUCAUUCGUGGUUUUGAUAAAAAGGUAAUUGCAGAAGGGGAUGACUUCUAACUCAAAAAAUAAUUAAUUUUAAGCCAACUCAUGUCGGAUUUAUUCACAAUUGCAAUUCAGAUCCAGAAAUCCCCUUGAGAAAAGUUCCAAAAUCUAAAUACGCCAAGAAUACAACAUUGACAGACAAAGGUUUGAAAAUGUUGGAUACACCGAAAAUUGUUGCUCCCGCUCCUUUCACAUUGAAUUUAUACUGCGGUUUGAAACUCAAUUGGAAUGUGUAUAUUUUGUAUUAUUCAAAUGGUGAAAAUGUUUCGAAUGAUCAUAGUGAAACUAUUGAAGUUGAAGAUAACAAUACAAUCGAAUUUACUAGAAAUUUUGAGAAAAAGGUUGGAAUCAAUUGUAUACUGUAUGAAAAAGAAAAAAGUAUAAAUUUUCAGCCAACUUAUGUUCAAUUCAUUCAUGAUUGCUCUUCAAAAUCAAAAAAGGAUACACUGAAUGUUGGAAAAUCUGAGUUGAAAAAAUUUUACGAUUUGACGGAUAAAGGUGUAUGA